AAGAAAAAAGAGAUAAUUACACUCAUUAUAUUUGAAAGGGCCAAUACUGGGAGACACCUCUUUCCCGCGUUUUCUAAGCUUCCCUCCUUAAACUGAUACGAACUUAAGCACCGGUCUAUCUUCUUAACGUGGGUACUGCAAUUUGGAGCUUAUCAAUGCGGGUUCGAUUUAUCCUAUAUCGGCAAUACUGCACAAGUAAUGCUAUUUUCUCUAAUUCUCAGAUUUCUAGGCACGCUCGGCUUGGUCAAAUCGAGAAUGCCCGAAAGGUGUUCGAUGAAAUGCCUGAGAGAACUACCGUGUCCUGGAACUCAAUGAUUUCGGGGUAUUUUCAAAACAAUCAACCCGAGGAAGCCCGAAAAUUGUUUGAUAGAAUGCAACUUAGGAACUUGGUUUCUUGGAACGGUUUGAUAUCCGGGUAUAUCAAGAAUGGGAUGGUUAGUGAGGCCCGGAAAGUGUUUGAUUCAAUGCCGGAGAGAAAUGUUGUUUCGUGGACUUCGAUGGUUAGAGGGUAUGUGCAAGAGGGCAAAAUUUCGGAAGCUGAGUCCCUUUUUUGGCAGAUGCCUGGAAAGAAUGUUGUUUCGUGGACGGUGAUGUUGGGGGGACUGAUUCAAGAUGGCCGGGUUGAUGAGGCUCGGAGGUUUUAUGAUUUGAUGCCGGAGAUGGAUGUCGUGGCAAGGACUAAUAUGAUUGGUGGGUAUUUUCAGGCAGGCCGCUUGGCUGAAGCGCGUGAGAUUUUCGAUGAGAUGCCGCACAGGAAUGUUGUUACUUGGACUACGAUGAUAUCUGGGUAUGUGCAGAACCAACGGGUGGAUGUUGCUAGGAAGCUUUUUGAAGUGAUGCCAGAGAAGAAUGAGGUUUCGUGGACAGCGAUGCUGAUGGGGUACACUCGGUGUGGACGGAUCACAGAGGCUUCAGAGCUGUUUCGUGCAAUGCCGGUUAAGUCAGUGGUUGCUUGUAAUGCAAUGAUACUUGGGUAUGGCCACAAUGGGGAGGUAGAAGAAGCAAGGCAGGUUUUUGACAAUAUGAGAGAGAAAGAUGAUCAGACAUGGAGUGCUAUGAUAAAAGUCUAUGAACGGAAAGGUUUAGAAUUGGAAGCACUUAAAUUGUUUACUUUAAUGCAAAGAGAAGGUGUUAGGCCCAAUUUCCCUUCUCUGAUAAGUCUUUUAUCUGUUUGUGGAAGCUUGGCAACUCUUGAUCAUGGUACACAGCUUCACGCCCAGUUGGUGAGAAACCAAUUUGAUCUUGAUGUAUAUGUUGCCUCAGUUUUGAUCACAAUGUAUGUUAAGUGUGGCAACCUUGUGAAGGCAAAACAGGUCUUCGACAGGUUUGGUGAAAAGGAUGUUGUUAUGUGGAACUCAAUUAUCACUGGUUAUGCCCAACAUGGUUUAGGAGAGGAAGCUUUACAAGUUUUUCAAAAGAUGUGCUCUUUGGGGAUACCACCAGAUGAUAUCACCUUUAUUGGAGUUCUUUCAGCAUGUAGCUAUUCUGGGAAGGUAGAACAAGGUCAUGAGAUUUUCGGGACAAUGAAAUCAAAGUAUCAGGUCGAGCCAGGAACUGCACAUUAUGCCUGCAUGGUUGAUCUGCUUGGUCGAGCAGGCCAGGUAAAAGAGGCAAUGGAUUUAAUAGAGAAAAUGCCAGUGGAAGCAGAUGCCAUUGUUUGGGGUGCCUUAUUAGGUGCAUGCAGAACGCAUAUGAAGUUGGAUUUGGCGGAAGUUGCGGCAAAGAAACUUAUACAGCUAGAGCCCCACAAUGCAGGACAUUAUAUCUUGCUAUCAAAUAUGUAUGCAUCCAAAGGUAGAUGGCAUGAGGUUGCAGACCUGAGGAAAACGAUGGGAGCCAGAAGUAUUACCAAGUCACCUGGCUGUAGCUGGAUUGAGGUGGAACAUAAAGUACAUAUGUUUACUUGGGGAGAGACCACAGGCCACCCAGAGCAUGUGAUGAUCAUGAGAAUGUUAGAGAGACUAGGUGUAUUGUUAAGAGAAGCUGGGUACUGCCCUGAUAGCAGCUUUGUGUUGCAUGAUGUGGAUGAAGAAGAGAAGGUCCAGAGCUUGGGUUAUCACAGUGAGAAGCUGGCUAUAGCGUAUGGACUCCUUAAGGUGCCACAAGGGAUGCCCAUUCGGGUGAUGAAGAAUCUUCGGGUUUGUGGGGAUUGCCAUUCUGCAAUUAAACUAAUAGCCAAAGUUACUGGGAGAGAGAUCAUUGUGAGGGAUGCUAACAGAUUUCAUCAUUUUAAGGAUGGCUUGUGUUCUUGCCGAGACUAUUGGUGAUUGCAGAACCUUGUGCUGAGGAUAGAUCCUGCAACAGAUUGUACAUACCCAAAUUUAUUGUCUCAACUCUUCACUGUCCAAAAGAUUCAGCUUCAAAACUUCAGAGUAAGGCCUA